AUUUACAAUUGCUAUCCUACUCCUUGCUUGUGUCUGGAUUUAUGUCUGUGAUGCUCGACCUACUGGAAACAGUACUGGUAUUAAAAAAGGAAAGUAUUUUGACAGAGUGGUUAUUAUUGUAAUGGAGAAUCAAGACUAUGAUGUUGCGUACAAAGACAAGUUUAUCAAGGAAUUAAACAAACAGUACAAGAAUGGUAUCUUGUUGACGAAUUAUCUUGCUACAACGCAUCCUUCGCAACCAAAUUAUAUUGCGUUGAUUAGUGGAUCAACCAAAGGAACAAAUGAAGACGACAAAUCCAAUAUUAACAGGAAAACCAUUGUUGAUCUUCUGGAAGCUAAGGGUGUAUCGUGGAAAACUUACCAAGAAGACUACCCCGGGAACUGCAACAAGAAGAUGGAUAUCGACAAAUACGCAAGAAAGCAUAAUCCUUUUAUCUCUUUCAAAAACAUCCAAAACAACAAGUCUAGAUGCUCCAAGAUUGUAAACUCAAAUCAACUAGACAAAGAUAUCGAGAAGAAUACAGUGCCUCAAUUCGUAUUUUACACUCCCAAUAUUGAUAAUGAUGCUCAUGAUACAAACAUGAAGUUUGGAUCAAAUUGGCUAAAGAAAUUUCUGCGAAAGCGUAUCAAUAAGAGUGCAUUCAGCAAGAAUACAAUGUUUGUAUUGACUUUUGAUGAAGAUGAUGGUGCUUCUGACAACAACAAGGUUUUGACUGUCUUGUUUGGUCCUGAUUUUCAUCCUAGUAGCAAGCAGAAAAAGGACAACACAAAAUAUACUCAUUAUUCUUUGUUAAAGACAAUUGAAGACAACUGGGGAUUAGGUGACCUUGGACAAAAUGACAAGAAGGCAAAUUUGAUCAAAUUGUGAUCUCUAUCUGUUGAGUCUGGCACUCAGCCAAGAAUAUAAUUAAAGAUACAUAUAUCAAAAUAAAGUCUAUAUAUAUAUAUAUAUGUGUGUGUGUGUAUGCUAAAUGAUUUUUCUUUGGUGUUGUUAAACUGCACCAGCAGCUAAGCCAACAGUAUCUCU